AGCAGUCUCGCGCCUGAAUGGCCACGGCGGCCGCCCUGGUGGCCUCUCUGCGAUCACAAAGUGCGCUCGAGACGCUCCUCAAGGUGGUUAGCAACAUUCUCAAGGCGCCCACGGAGCCCAAGUACCGCACGCUCAAGACGUCAAACGCGAAAAUCAGCGUCAUCACCGAAGCGAGUGGUGGGACCGAAUUGCUGAGAGCGCUCGGCUUUGAGGCUGAGGCCGGGACGCUGGUGCUUCCCAUGGGCGCGGACCUGAAUGUGCUCAUGGACGUUCAGCGCGCCAUCACAGAGGCGCUUGCAGCGCCAGCAGCGCCGGCAGCCGCUCCAGCCGCGCCGGCGACGGCUGCUCCUCCACCUCAACUCCCAGCGACGGCACAGGCCCGGCUGCACGAGCUCUUUGCCGCAGAGAUGGCGGUCGACGGCGACGCAAACGCGGCGGCGGCGCGUGCGCUUGGGCGGCUGCAGAAAGAGGCGGCGGCGGCGCCGGCUGCUGCUGCCCCGGCGGCGGCUGCCGUGGACGCGCCCCAGCCGAUGGAGACGGAGGAGGAGGAGUUGGACGACGACCUCAAGGCGGCGAUCGCCCUCUCCAGAGGAGCGGGCAACACAGAGGGGGACCCGGGCGGCGAGGGCGAGGCGCAGGGCGAGGCGCAGGGCGAGGCGGACCUCGCUGCGGCGCUCCGCAUGUCGCUCGAGCCCUCCGGCGGCAGUGGCCUCGCGCCGGCCGCCGACGACAUCCUUUCCCGCGACGGAUUCGAGCGCCGCGUCAAGGCGCUGUUUGCGGAGGAGCAGCUCUCCUCGCCCGACGCAAACACGGCCGCGGCCAAGGCGCUCCAGCGCGCGCAGCAGGAGCAGCUCGCUGCCGCCGCCGCGCAGCGCCGAGGAGGCGGCGCCGAUGGCGGCGGCGGCGGCGGCGGCGGCGGCGGCGGCGGCUCGGCGCCGGCGCCGGCUCCUGCGGCCGAUCCUCCUCCUCCGCUCGCGUCUCAGGGCUCGAGCUCUGGCGGCGAGAGGUUCGAGCGGCUCGAGGAUGUGGAGCGGGUCGCGCAGGAGCAAGUGGACGCGAUCAACGCCCUCUACCACUCCGACGGCGUCGUCUUUGUCGACCCGACCUUCCCGCCCAUCCCGCGCUCCCUCUACUCGCACCCGGACGGCGCGCGCUCUUUCAAGUGCUCGACCUGCUCGAAGCGCUCCAACCUGCCGCCGCAGCCGACCCGCGAGGAGCUCUUCAACCUGCGGUUCAGGGGGGACGUCGCGGCGAGGCAGCGCACGCUGCCGUGCCUCCACUGCGGCGCGCCCCACCUCGCGAUCGAGUUUGCGGUGCGGCCGGUCGGGUGGGAGCGCGCGUCGGCGACGCCGCCGCAGGGCAUCGUCGACGACACGACGCUCCAGUUCUCGACAGUGCCGUGGGUGGUGUUCCGGGGCGAGCCGCGCCCCGAAGACAUCCGGCAGGGCUCCGUCGGCAACUGCUGGUUCGUGUGCGCCCUCUCGGCGCUCGCCGAGAAGCCGGAGCUGCUGCGCCAGAUCCUGCUCACGCGCGAGUUCAACCGCGCGGGCGCGUACCAGGUCCGUCUCUGCUUGGCGGGCGAGUGGCACACGGUGCUCAUCGACGACGUGCUGCCGGUGGACGCGCUGCAGAUGGUUUGCUACCUCAAGCCCGCCCGCCGCCAGCUGUGGGGGCCACUCAUCGAGAAGGCGGCGGCCAAGCUGUACGGGUCGUAUGAGGCCCUCUCGGGUGGCACGUUUGCAGAGGCGUUUGGCUUGCUCACCGGCUGCCCCUCGCAGCGCAUCCUGAUGCCGGCGCACCCGGCGCGCAAGGAGCCGCCGCCGCUGCCGCCCGGCGCGGGCGAGGCGGACCGCGCGCACCACGCCAAGGCGAUGGAGCGGUGGCGCGCGAGCAUUGUCGACUCUGACGAGCUCUUUGCGCAGCUCUUCUCGUUCCGGCACUCCGAGUAUCCGGUCGGCGCAUCCACCUUCGCCGCGGGCAACGAGGCGCUCGAGCUCGAGAUGAAGCGGCUCGGGCUGCAGUGCCCGCAUGCGUACAGCGUGAUGGCCCUCACCGCGGUCGGCGAAGACGGCACGCAGCUUGUCAAGCUGCGCAACCCGAACGGCGUCGCGCUCUGGAAGGGGGACUGGUCCAAGGCCCCUCCUCCUCCUCCUCCUCCCUGGAGCCCACCCCACCCCACCCCACCCCACCCCCACCACCUCGCGCUCUGGACGGCGUCGCCGCUCUGGACGUACGAGCUGAAGCAGCAGCUCAAGCUCGAGCACGAGGACGAGGGCGUGUUCUGGAUGGCGUGGUGCGACUUUUAUCGCCUCUUUGCAGAGCUCUGCGUCUGCCGGCUGGCGCCCGACAUGCUCGAGGCGCGCGAGGCCGGCUGGCUCGGCUCGGUCUUCAACGCGGGGCAGGCGGUCACGCUCGAGGCGUACGCGCGCUCCGAGGUUGAGGUGGUCCUCCACCAGGAGCCGCACGUCUCGCGCGGCGUCGAGGCGGUGGCCACGCUCGUCGACUUGGGCAUGGCGGUGCUCAAGCGGCAGUUUGACGGCUCGUACUCCACCGUCGCGUACGCGGAGCGCUGCCUGCAGCAGAACGUGCACCUCACGCUCACCCUCGAGCAGGACGGCCACACCGCGUCGUACCUCGUCGUGCCUCUCUGCUUUGGCCAAAUGCGCUCGACGGAGCCGCGCAAGUUCCGUCUCGCGGUCCACUCGACGCAGCCGCUGGCGAUGGAGACGGCGCCGCUCGACGCGGCGCUCGUCGCGACGACCCUGAUCCAGCGCGCCGCGGAGCACGGCGACCGCACGCCGCUCCUCAAGUCGCCAGCGCUGGGAGAGGCGCUCGUGCUGCACACGAUAGACGACGAGGCGGGCCGCGUCAUCGUCGCGGAGAACGCCUCCUUCCACCCGCUGCGGGUGGGGUGGGAGGCGGACGCCGAAGGCUUCGUCUCGAGCCGCCGGCUCCUCAUGUGCCAGGACGUGCUGCCGCCGCGCACGCGGCAGGUGCUCGUCGUCCUUUCCCGCGACCUGAAGGGCAAGGCGUUUCGGCUCAGCUACGGCUUCGACGGGGGAGGCCACGAGGGCGGCGGCGUCCCCGCCGCCGGCUUGCACAUCCCGGACAUCGACGACCUCGGCCAGCUCAAGGCCCUCCACGCGCCGCAGCCCAUCGCGGGCGGCGCGGCCGGCGGCGCGGCCGGCCUCGCCAUCCCGCCAGCGGCGCCGCCAGCGGCGCCGUUUGGUGAUGCGGCUGCGCUGGCGGACCUCAUUCGCGGCUUUGGCGGGGGGGCAGCCGGCAGCGGUGCGGGCGCCUGAAGUGCGGCGCAGCGGCCGGCGCGGCCGCUGGGGCGGACGCAGAAGAGAGAUAGAGGACACAAGAGGUUUGACGUGGUCCAGAGUGUCCGGCGUGUCCGGAGCUGGAGAGAGGCCGCACAGCGUGCAAGCGGCAAGAGCGAGAGGAAGAUUUCGCGGCUCUCUAACAGCUCACGGACCACGGCUGGGCCCCUGUGCUUUUGCAGAAAAAGUCAUGACGUUUU